AUGACCUCUCUUUGGCAUCGUAGAGCAGUCAUUCGCGGGAUCCGUGACUCACUCCAAUUUGCAACAAGCCCAGCAAUCAUUGAGCUAUGCUCCGGCGACGAUAGCCAGGCUCAUCAGUUUUCUCGCGCCCGCAAUGCUCGCCUGAUAAUGAGUAGCAUCAUCCCCGAUAUGCAAGAUCCUGCCACUGAACCAUACUGCAUUUGGUAUCCAGAACCUGCAUCGGAAGAAACCUACCGCGAGCUUGCCCGUCGAUAUCCAUCGAUGCGCUAUCAAGUCGGCCGCGCAUGUGCUGCUGCUUGGUAUACGGAUCUUUACAAAGAAUUGGAUCUUCUGCCAGACGCAUCUAUUGCCGAAGAAGCCCGCAAUGCUGCCAGAGACGCCGGCAUCUACAAAAUCAUCAUGUCGGCCCCUCAAAGAUGGGCUGUUAUGGAUGAUUUCACUCGAUCGGUUAAUCUUGAAAAUCCACAGGCACCCGCGUUUCUAAACGGCAAUAUGAAGCCCUGA